AAGAAAACUCCGAUAGAGUGAAAAGGAGAAAGGAAGGCCACAGUAGAGACGGUAAAGAGGAGAAGUCCUUUCACUCUCCAAUCAAUCUCUUCCCUUAUUCACAUCAUCUUUAAUAUCAAAAUCUUGUUUUGCCUCAGCCUUUGCAGCUCCAUUUCCCUUCCUGAUCUCCCUCCCAGCUUGUCUUUCUUCGAAAAUGGAAAUUAUGUAAUCGGAGCUUAGGAAAAAAUUAGUAAUCGGAGCUAGUAUCUUUCUUUUCUUUUCUAUUCUUUCAUUCACUUUUCGUGCCCUUGAAUAAAAUAGAUGACUCUCUACUAAAAGAAACUACAGUAUAUAUACAUCUUUUCCUGAAAUAAAUCUCUCUCCCUCUCUCAGUUCACUGUCCUCGGAUUAUUCUAGCUUGAGUACAAGAUCGCAAGAGCAAAGAAAUAUAACAUCAUCACAAUUUCCUAGGAAAAAAGCUACUGUUGCUCUAAGAUCCAAGAAAAACCAAACAAAAACCCAAAAGAGAUCCAUGGACUCACUCCCAGAAUUAAUGGAGAGUUCCAACUCCGAGAACACCAGCAUCACUGAUUCUAUUACCAUCAAUAACAGCUUAACUGCCGCUAGCUCUUCUUCAACAGCUUCUGCUCCUAGCAGCCGCUACGAAAACCAGAAGCGCCGGGACUGGAACACCUUCGGCCAAUACCUGAAGAACCACCGUCCUCCUCUUUCCCUCUCAAGAUGCAGCGGUGCCCACGUUCUUGAAUUCCUCCGGUACCUUGACCAAUUUGGGAAGACAAAGGUGCACACUCCAAUCUGCCCAUUUUAUGGCCACCCUAACCCUCCAGCCCCUUGCCCAUGCCCGCUGCGCCAGGCCUGGGGCAGCCUCGAUGCGCUCAUUGGACGCCUCCGAGCUGCCUUUGAAGAGAACGGAGGGAAGCCUGAAGCUAACCCAUUUGGGGCUCGAGCAGUUAGACUCUAUCUUCGUGAGGUACGUGAUUUGCAGUCAAAAGCAAGAGGGAUCAGCUAUGAGAAAAAGAAGCGGAAGCGCCCCCGCCAACAGUUGCCACCACCGCUGGCGCUGCCUCCCCCAGGUGCAAGUCAAUAAGGCCUUCCGAAAAUUCUACCCUCCUCGAUCCAGGGCCUAUCUCUUAAAUUGCUAAAAUUUAAAAAUGGGUACUCCCUCUUCUCUUUUUCAGCGUUGUGGCGUUUUAGUAGUGUCUUUAGGGUUAGUUAAAUAUCUAGCUAAAAGUUGGUAGCUAUUACAGACCGUCUGUAUGUGUAUUCUGUUGGGUUUUACGAAAGCAAUGUUAUGGAUCUGAGAUAUCAUGAUUCUGCUUUUGAUCCAAACAGUGUUAAUCACUCGUAGUAGACUAUCACUGAAAAAGUGUUAUGGAAAGAUAGUGUACCAGGAGAUAUGGUCUAUGUGGAACUGAGAACAUAUUUUGCUCAUAGUUUUAUGUAGUACUUGAAUAUCAUCUAUGCAAAGCUAUAGAUUUGCAGGGUUA